AUGACGGAUCCCGAAGAGUUGCUGGACCUCUACGAUAUCGCGGUUUUACUCAACUAUGAACGGAACAUUACGGAACCUCGGUUUCGACACACUAAAUUAAGAGAAGUCGCCUAUCCGGGUACGCAACCACAAACAAUCGCACUCAAAAGUCCGGUAAACCAAGGCUGGAAUGAUAACGCGUGUACCUGGAUUGUACUAGAUCAACAACAAGCGAAUAAUCCGAAUGGUCCAGAUUUACCGACAGAGUUCUUACAGCAGGACAAAGUCAUAGACAGCCCGCUCUCGAACGAGCAAUUGGAGACUCUAUUUCACCAAGCUCGCAAUCAUGAUGGCUCCUAUCAGGCCAUCAGUCUUCUCCAAAUGUUCUUUGCUCUCUUUGGGAAGGACACAAAGUUGAGGGUGAGACAUGCACCUUAUGGUAAGGAGCCAGGUUCGUCUUAUACGACAACGAUUAGUAGGCGUGUCAUCAUCGAAGAGUCCUUCCGCAACCCGAAAUUCACCACCGCCAUCUGCGUACUCCCGGAGGGUUCAAUGCACGCCACUGGUCACGAGCCACAUCUCAGACACGCGGUCGUAGGAUUCUCCCCACCCGACAGCGACACCGUUCAGUCCUUUCUCGAUCUCUCUUCCAUGCAGUUUGGCGAUAUAGGACGCGGACCCGGGCCAAAAGGAAAGCAAUUAUUUGCUCUGGAUACUCCUGAAGAGUUUGCGAUGCGUUUUAGUAAAUUGGCGACGGGUGCAGACCCAAGUAAAAGCCAACGCAUUCUGGCGACAAGCGGUACACCUGUAGAUGACUGGCUCGGAGAAGUGGCAUUGAGAGCGAAGAAGAGGUGGGAUAACCGAGCGAAAGAGAAGUGGUGCGGUCAUUGCGGAGCCCCAAGCGCGAAGUCCAAGUGUGCUGGAUGUGGUGAUGCGUACUAUUGCGGGAGAGACCAUCAGAAGAUGGCUUGGGGCUUUCACAAGGGUUAUUGCUCAAAGCCAUGA